AUGGCCGCACCAUCACCAGAAGUUGUUGCAGCCCUACAGAGACAAUUCUCUGGACUGAAUGACCAACUGAAUUACUUGGAGGGAUCCACCAUCUACAAGAAAAACAAAGCCUACAAGGAGGCACACGAAGUCGUCAAAAGCGCAAAUACAAACUACAAUACAACUGCAAAAGAGCUUAUGCAGAAAAAACCCUAUAAUCCGGACGAUCCAGCCUACGGGAAAGGACUCAAAGGAGGCCAGAUGUUCACAAAAUCAGGGCAUAGAGUUCUCGGCCCACUUGCCGGAACGGUCAUUGUCGCUUCUCAGUUCCAUGUCGAUCGCCGGACCUCAUUUAAUACGACAUACCAAGCUGUUCUGGAAGGCAAGGUACCAGAAGAGUAUACUGGUCACGUGAAACAGGUCAAAGAUGCUCAAAAAUCAACCGAAAACUUCGGUCGCUGGAAGUGA